UUGUGUCUCAUUCUCAGUUGUGCCUUGCUUCACUUGAACCCACACAGCCUCGAAUCUAAACGUAGAAGCUGUUUGUUAUUACAGUGGUUAAUAUAAGCCUGGGAACAAUGACUCUUAUUUGGAAAGCAAUAAUUGGUCUCAGCGCCUUGAUCGUUGCAGCAAGCUGCUUGGACUGUCGCCAAUGUCCAGUUGGUGUAUUUGGAAGCUGCUUUUUUGGGGAUGACCUCACAUGUAGCAAUGGAACAGAGAGCUGUUAUACUGGAGAAGCACAGUUCAAUGCUACGGGGGCGGUGACCCUGCACACUAGGGGCUGCAUAGACUCGGACCUGUGUGGAGUGACCCUAACUGGAUUCCUGUUUGGUGCUGCUUACACCAGCACCUUUACUUGUUGCACAACAGACCUGUGCAACAGCGCCUCUUCUGUCCAGCUGUCUCUGACUGUGGCCCUUUGUGCUGCCAUCCUGUCAUCACUGUGGGGCUUCUGGGAAAUUUAGUCAGACAUGAUGUCCAUCAUUGCUCCAAGAUGAUUCUAACUAAUGCUGAGCCUGUGCUAUGAUCAUUUAUCCAUUAGAUAAAGGUAUAAAUAUACAAAUACGUUUAUUGCUGUAAAAAUCAAUAAAAGCUUUGA